GUAAAUAAAGAUCUAUGCGAUGGAUGAUGGAGAACAGAGGUUAGCUUUCAGCUGAUUCGGACGAAAUACAUUACAAAAUGUCUGCCCCAUACACAAGGCUUCAAGAGAACAACUUCCAUCAUGGUAUGCGGUCACCUUAUGCUUCGUACCCUGGAGUAUAUACCCAAGCUGUACGGCCAGUGGUUUCUAAUAUCUCUGUCAUAGGGGUACAGUACAAUGGUCCUCCGUGCAAGGACUAUCUUGGUCUAGCCAUCUUCGUCUUGGUCUUCUUUCCUCCCAUUGGACUUGUCGCUAUCCUCAAGUCCAGACAGGUUCGUGAUCGUGCAUCGGUAGGUGACAUCAUCGGUGCCCAGCGGGCCUCGGGUACGACCCGGCGCCUCUGUUACGUGGGUCUCGCGAUCGGAUUCUUCCUCUGGAUCGCAUUCUUGACCGCCGCCAUGAUCAUAUUCUCGCAGACCGAAAAGAUAGCAUUCGGCGAGGUCUCGCAUCCGAUUCCCGAGACGCGGCACUUCAAUUUCACCCUCCUCACACGCCCCCGAUAGGCGGUUCUCUACAUGGCUCCCUCUUGUGGUGAAAAUUCGUUUUAUAGAAUUGUUUUUUACAUUACUUCCAUUUUUGGUUCAAUAUUGGUCCAAUUUUUGUGCUCUCUUUCUAUACAUUAUUCAUUCAUCUCUCAUUCUCUGUGUUUAUAGGAAUGAAAUAAGAAACCAAGUGGCAAUCAAUUGCAAAUUUGUAAUUGAUUGCCGAGCUUUAAAAUCAACUAGAAUUUUUGUUGCAACAAGCAGACCAUGCAGUGGUCGAUUGUAAAAUUGCAGCCAAUUACAAGAUUUGAGAUUGAUUUUUAGAUCGUAUGACAGACCUGCAAGUCCUUUGCAAAGUUUUUUGCAGCACUGCUUAUGUCUUUCCGUCUUUCUCUCAAGCCCAUUCUUCGCCAUAAUUACUGGGUUUUUUUCCUCUCUUUAUACUUUGAUAAUGGUCCCACCCUGACAAUGUUUUGCUUAAAAUUAAUUAUCACUCGUCUAUUUUGGUGCUACUUAGGAUAAAAUUGGGCUGUCUGAGUAUUAUUUUUUUUUCAUUCUAAAGUGAUUAAGAAACAAUAUUUUGUUUCUCUAACAGCUUAAAAUGCUAUUAAAGAUUGAUGAAGCAUGUUCAUCAAAAAUAUACUUUUCAAUAUUUUUGCUAUUUUACCUCAUGAGAAUUUUAAUUUUUGCUACCUGUAAAUCAUAUUGUUUUUUGUUAUUUCAUUCUAAAGUGAUUAAGAAACAAUAUUUUGUUUCUCUUACAGCUGAAAACUUAUAUUAAUGAAUAAUGAUUCAUGAAGCGUGUCCAUCAAAAAUAUACUUUUCAAUUGGAUGUCCUACAAAGACACACAGUGAGGUGUUAGUAAUUCUUGGUCAUAGAGCAAUCUUCUCUUUAUAAUAGGGACUGAAGGCAGCUUUACACUCCUUUCCUUGAAAGCACUCUUUGAAAAAAAUAAAAUAAACAAAAUCAAUUUCAUGAUCAGACCUUGUCCUUUUUUUCCCUAUUUCCCCCCUUUUUUUAAACACCAUUCCUUACCAAAGAUUUAUGAUAUGUUUGUGAAUUAAUUGAAGACUAUUUCCAUUUAUGAUAUAUUUUGAAAGGUUUUGAAGUAAAUAAAAAAUAAAUUAAUAACAAAAAUCAAUGUUAUGAUUUGUUAAAAGUAAGAACUUUUCCUUUUUUUACACCAAUCCUUACCAAAGAUUUAUGAUAUGUAUGUGAACUAAUUAAAGACCAUUACCAUUUAUGAUAUAUUUUUAAAGGUUUUGAAGUAAAAUAAUGAAAUUAAUGGAUGGAAAGGAAGAAAGAAGAUAUUAACCUUAAAAAACACACCACAUCUAUUUUCAUUUGACAUUGAAUUAUGACAAUGCGUAUUGUUGGCAUAUUCAAGUCGUGUCCCAUUUUCAAGAUCAAAGUAUUCAAUCUAUCAAAUCAUGACAAUGGACCUUAUUCAAUCAAACAAUUGUGAAUAUUCUAGGUUCUCUAGAUGAUGAAUUUUAUGUUAUUAAUUUGUGAUCUAAAUGUGUAUUACAUUGAUUUAUGUGUAUUACAUAGGUUUACAUAUUUUCUACCCUUGUCUAUCUACCAAUGAUACAGUUUUAGUGUUGAGACAAACUGGUCAGAGUUAAAAUUUGAUUUUUUUUUUUUAAACUGUCGUAAGUAUUAGAAAUUGAGGUAUCAUGUUCCGAUCAUUUAAUUUUCAUUUCUAUUGUAGGAAGUUCCUCACAAGUAGGUGUUUAUUUUCAAACCCGACAAUUUCAUUUCAUUUCAUUUAUUGGUUAUAAUUAUAAUAUUAUAUUAUUAUAAUAUAAUUCAUGCAGUUCUUGUUUACAUUGAUUGGGUUAAUUUGUACAUUAGCAUGUGCCAGUUUUGUAUAUUUCAUGUGUACAAAUUCAUUUACGUCAUUUAAUUCUAAUGUUCUUGUUUAGAAUGUACAUAGUAUAAAUUACUAAGUAUGUGUAAUGUAUUUGUGUAGUACCGUACCAGUACAUGUAAAGUGUAGAUGUGUUACUUAAAUGUUCAGCCUAGAUUGCCAAUAUUUAUCUGAAAUAGCAAGUGAUGAUGUAAUAUAGCAUAUGCUCUGUUUUAAUAUACUUCUAUGAAAAAGAGUAUUGUACUCUACCAGUU